GCGACCAAGCCCAACGCAUCCUUUGCAGCUUGUCGUUCCGCGCCUGGGCUCUGGCCCUGGCAGAGGAGAAGCGCCAUGUGGCAGAGAUCAGCUGCUGUGCAGGUGUGGCCCUGGUGCGUCGCGCUGGGCAUUCCAAGGCCACCACGCGGCUCUUGGAGGAGAAGAUGCGGCUGCAACGCGAGUUGCAGACGCUGCGGUGUUUUCACGCAUGGUCGUGCCAACGAAGCUCACGAGGUGAUGCAGGUGAGAACGGAGCUGCUUACAGGACGCCCAGUGCAACACACGGCGCGAGGAGUGAGGGGGCCUCAGUGAGGAGCCUUUGGUCGGUGGAGGGUCGGCGGAGCUUUCAUCAGCUGGAGCGGAAGCUAGACGCCGGCCGCGAUGCCUUGGACGCCGCCUUUGGCGCCUGGCACGGGCAGCGAAGCUUGCAGCGCUUCUGGCGCGCAUGGGCAGGGAAGCUGGUGGCGAAGCGACGUGCGCAGGAACUCUAUCGCGGUUGCUUGAGGAUCAACCACUCCGUGAAUCUGAGACUCUCUUUCAAAGCCUGGACGACACAGCUGCGCCGGCGACAAACCAUCGGCGCGCUAGUCCGGCAGCGCCAGCAUUUGGAACGUCAUGGGCAGCAAGGACCGCAGGCCGCGUUCUAUGCCUGGAGACGUCGUGCCAAACGCCAGCGGGAGGUUCGAAGCAUCCUUUUGAAGCAGGCAGUCACUGAUGAUGAAAACCUGCAGCGCUUUGCUUGGAGUGCCUGGGGCCGUUGUUUGGCCUCAGCGCGGCGAUUUUGCGCCUCGGCCCGCGAUCGCUGUGCGGCCAAGAUGCUGGCGCAACAGGACCGUGGCCUCACAGGCUUCGUUUUCCAUGGCUGGUGGAGUUCUGUGUUGCAGCGGCAUGGUGGACAUGAUAGCUUCCACGUGGCGCAGCGGAAGUUGCUCCAUUGGCGCCUAGCGCACGAGGCGGCACGGAGAGGCCGCGACGCCCCGGAGCGCCGCGCCACAGCCCUGGCUACGCAAAUGCUGGGCGCCAGCGAGGCGCUGGCUGAGGAGCAACGUAAACACUUCAUGGCAGUGCAGGCCCUGAUGGAAUGGCGGCGUCAGGUGGUGGAGCUGCAAGACCACGCUGGGACGCAGCGACACAUUGGGCGACGUGAGAUGCUUCUCCAACGAGUGGCUGCAGCUUGGGGUUCCGAUCAGGCGCGUUUGCAUCUCCAAGCAGUCUGGCGCUGUUGGUGCAUUUGUGCCCAUGGUAAUCGGGUGCAAGAACUCCAUCGUAGCUUCAAAGAUGAUCUUCAUCGGCUCACCAAGGCCUGGGGGCGAGGUGAUCUCCUUUUCCUCAACGAUCUGGAGGUUGUUCGGCUUCACGCCAUCUUUCUGCAUUGGCAUCGGAGCCUCCUUUCUGCGCGCAGCGAGGAACAGAUGGCGAACCUCCAGGAGAGACUGCAGCAAGUGAGCAUGGCUCGGUUGGCCUUGGCGGAAGGGCUGCAAGGAGUGCAGGGGGCCCAACUCAGCAACCUCUUUUUGCAAACUUUGCUGAUGAACUGGCACAAGUCUUGCAGCGCUCAGAAGGAGGAGCGUCGCUUGCUGAAACGCCGGCAGCUCGCUGCGUCCUUGGUGGACGGAUCGUCACGCUUGGGCCAGCAAAUGCUGCUGAACCAAACGUUGUUUGCUUGGUCUGGCCUUGCACAUAACAGCAAGGUGGCGGACUGGGCCAAGCGCACUGCCCACGCGCAAAGUGCCAAGGCGGUGCUGGCGGCGCGCAUCGCCUUCGGGGCAACUACCGGAAACCUCAGCGACUUCGUUCAAAGGUGGCAUACGGCCGCCCGCGCUGCACGUCACGCCCGAGCAAAGGAGGCCGCCCGUGUGGCGUUGGAAACCUCCCUGAAGCGCCGGAACCUUCGAUGCAGCUGGGAUCGUUGGGUGGAAGCCUGGCGCUUGGACAGCACAGAACGCAUGCUUCAAACACAAAAGGAAGAAGCCACACGGCAGGAGCGUCAGCUGAAAGCUGGAGCGGCUCGAAGGUUGCUGCAAGAUCAGACAGGCUUCUUCACCAAGUUUGUCCUUCACUGUUGGUGCACAGCAGCUCGCUUGGAUGUCUCCACCAAGCGGCGCUUAGUGCUGAACGCCUGGCAUGAGACCACCGUCAUGGCGCAGCAGGUCAGACAACAGAAAGCCUGUGCUCGUGAGGGCAGCCGGCGACUGGCCACAGGUCUGCUGCGGUUCCUGGAUGGAAGCCUGACUCCGGCUGCCGAGCUCUUGCUGCGCAGUGCAUGGCAAUCGUGGCUUUGUGUGGCGACCAGUGGUCAGGCAGACGAGAGAGGGCGGGACGCUUGGGGUGCGAUAAGUUUCGAGGGAAUAAAGAGUGUGAGACAAGAGGCUAAGAAAAGCCCUGCUCGGAGACGGGGCAAUGGAAGAGGCAGCGAUUCCAGCGAUAGAAACGGCUAUGAGACGACUUCACAGUGGAGCGAAAAAUGGGACUCCAACUCCAGCUGGAACCGUUGGGAUGCGCCCAACCUGGACGCGAACAACUCCAGAGAUGAUUGGAGAACUUCCGAUACUCAGAGCUGGACCUGGCACGCUUCCGACACAUCAAAUGGACAUCAACAUGUUAGCCGUAUCUGUGAGUAUUUCCAAAGUGGCCAAUGUCACUGGGGAAACUCCUGCUAUUUUUCCCACGACUGGAGCGCUGACGCGGGCAUCGUCUUCCUGUUAGCCCCGGAGGCCUCCGACGUGCUGAUGCCGCCCUGGCGCGUGGCCACGGAGCUGAGCAGCGAGGGCACAGGGCCCAUGCGCGUGCGCAUCGUGGGGGACACGGAAGACCUGGGCCUGGCGGAGGGGCAAUGGGAUCCCAAUCUGGGCAUUGAUCUUUGCUGGGAAGGAGAUGGUUGGAGAUCCAUGGUGAUUCCACUGGAGCCUGAGAGCAUCUUCCAUUUCUGCGUGGUGCGAGUGGAUCAACCAGAGAGUCACCCUGGACUCCUGCAGGGCUGGCGGCGAUGGGAAAUGCAUGAAGCACGACAUUUCACCUGGAGCCAGAAACAUCGGCUCCAAGCUCCAAGUUCCAACGAAAUCCUCGAAGUCCACCUGUCCGGACCGCGCUGCGCCCCCAGCAGCCUCCAGGUGCUGCCGCGCCAGGCGGUCACCACUGGCAACAGGCGCUGCCCGUGGCAAGCGCCGGGGAUGAAGUGCUACACGUUCGAUGCGGAGGGGGGCUUUGUUUUGAAGUACUGCCUGUACUUGCCAGACUGCAGCAGGAUGACGCAGGAAUCCCUCACGCUCGUUCUCUUCCUUCAUUCGAUGCAUGGAAAGCUGGAGGGUGACAAUAACCUCUUCUUCGAAUCCGACACGCCCCUGCGAUUGCUCUUGGACGAAGAUGAAGAUCGCUGUCCUCAAAGCCUUCGCGAACGGUGCAUUCUCUUGGCGCCACAGUGCCCCACCGACCGGGAACGAGGAGAUGGCGCCGGCAUUUGGCUGCGGAAGGGCUGGUAUGAGGAGUCUGACUACGAUCACCAGGCCGAGGCUGCCUUGAUGGCCCUCGUAGAGAUGAUCCGAGUUCAAUACGAUGUGAGGCGCGUCAGCCUCUGUGGCUCCUCAAUGGGCGCCUACGGGGCCCUGGAACUGGCAUCCCGCAGAGCGAAUUACUUCUCUGCAGUUGCCCUAAUUGCGGCACAUUACGAUCUCGAUCCCAUCGAGCCUCUGGUCACAAGGCUGACGGAGAAGCAGGAGGUGCCUUUGUGGUUCAUCCAUGCUGAGAACGACAACGUUUGUCCUUUCGAGGAUAUGGAAGAACUUAUGCGCCGCUUGAAAGCUCGCAGCAGGGCGGAAGUUCACAUGACAUCCUUCGAGGAUGGGGGGAGGGCUGGAGAUGAUGCGAUCGACACGUGGAGUAGCCAGGGCCACUGCGCGGACUGUGUGGCCUUCUGGGCCCGACCGGUGGUGCCUUUGGCGAGUUUAUCUAUGGACAGAAAAAUAGUAAAUGAGAGAUAA